AUGGAGACCGAACAAGAUUCCCAAAUCCCCUUCCUGGACGUCAUGGUCCGUAGGAACGAAGACGGCACCCUAAGCCACAACGUCUACCGCAAACCAACGCACACGGACCGAUACCUCCACGCAAACUCCCACCACCACCCCGCCCAAAAGAAUUCGGUAAUCAGCUCUCUAGCCCACAGAGCACUCUCUAACUCGGAACCAACCGCCCUGGACGGAGAGCUAAACCACCUUCACCGAACCCUGACCAUGAACGGAUACAGCAGCAGAAACAUCAACCGUACCAUCAAGAAGCUGACAAACAAGGAAUCCGGCCAGAACAACACCACGACGCCAGAGACAGAGAAAGAGAAGAUUAAGGCAGUGAUACUCCCAUACGUCAGAGGCACGGUCUUACAUACAGGUCUUGCAACUUCGAUGGUGGGGGUGUCUCACUUAUUGAAGUCACGCUUAUUAGUCAGCCCUACUAGAUAG